UCCCCACCUGCGGACUCAUGGCGACAACAUACACCCUUGAACAAGUGCGACAGCACAGCAAGAAAGACGAUCUAUGGAUCGUCGUUCACAAUAAAGUCUACGAUAUCACAAAAUACCUCGAGGAACACCCCGGUGGUACCGCUGUCCUACACGACGUCGCCGGCACUGAUGCCACCGAGGCCUUCGAGGAGAUCGGGCACUCCGAAGAAGCGCGCGAGUCGCUAGAAGCGUUCUAUAUUGGCAAUCUUCCAGAGACGGAGCAAGCGGAAGCCGUCGAUGUCUACCGUCCCCAAUUCGAGCAUGUCUCUCAAGUUGCAGCCAUCAUCCCUGACCGUAAACGUGCAGCGGGGUUCCCCCGAUUGGUGAAUGCCAUUGUCAAAAUAGGGCUUGCCGGAGCGUUGGGCGUUGCUGCGUACAGAGGCUAUCGCAACGGCUUUGCAGCUUUGAAGUCCGUCUCCGCUGGCCGCUAUCUGACAUGGCUUCAAUCCUCGCAUGGAGCAUCAGGGUCCUCAGGCUCAUUCUGGUCUGGGUUUGGCCUUGCCAGCAUCACGCAGCUCUCUCUCACAACAGGCCUGGUGAUGUGGAUUUCUACCAAGCUCGACGUCCAUGAAGAGUUCACCCACCAUAAACCUUACCGGCCUCUCCGACGGGAUGCUAUCAUUCUGAGAAAACCCGGUAAACCAGUCAAAGCCGCGAAGACUCCGCCUCUCGAUCCUCAGAAAUGGCGCAAAUUCAGGCUUGCUAGCAAGGAUCACGUCUCUCCCAACGUUUACCGCUUUGUAUUUGCCCUCCCCCACGCUGACGACGUCCUCGGUCUACCCACGGGGCAGCAUAUUUCCCUUCGAGCGACUAUAAACGGCCAAAGUGUCUCCCGCUCCUACACACCCGUAUCGAACAAUACCGAUCUUGGCCGCAUCGAACUCCUCAUCAAAGUCUACAACCAGGGCUUAAUGACCAAGCACCUCGAGUCGAUGAGUAUCGGAGACGAGAUCGAGAUCCGAGGACCAAAGGGCGCCAUGAAAUACUCCCGUUCAUACGCAAAACACAUCGGUAUGAUCGCCGGCGGAACCGGCAUCACGCCCAUGUACCAAGUCAUCCGUGCCGCUAUGGAGGAUCCAGAGGACCGCACCAGUAUCAGCCUGCUUUACGCCAAUAAUACCGAGGAAGAUAUCCUGCUCCGUGAGGAACUGGAUGCGCUCGCGAAACGGCAUCCGGAGAAGUUUAAGGUGCAUUAUGUUCUUUCCUCCCCUUCGGACACCUGGCGGGGAAGCAAGGGGUUUGUGACGGUUGAUCUGAUUAAGGAGCAUCUUCAUGCCGCGGCGGAGGAAGCAAAGGUUCUCCUCUGCGGUCCUCCGCCGAUGAUCAAUGCCAUGAAGAAGGGCCUUGUAGGACUGGGAUUUCAGGAGCCUGGGGCGUUUGCAAGGGCAACUGAUCAGGUAUUUGUGUUUUAGUUCAUUAUACAAUUUGGGCAAUUUAGAUCAGAUAGAUUUGUGGCCUUUUGCUUGCCAUCCUUAUUUCACUUAGUUUUAU